AUGCAACAGCGCCAUCAAGUGACGACAUUAGAGAACAGCAACACAUACCGAAUCUACACCAAGGGUGUAGUCUACGUGAUACGCAGAGUUGCAGAAUACACGGAAGACACUUUCAGGAUGAAUGCUUUCCGGAUUAUUAACAAAAUGUUGGAUCUCAAGGAUGAGGCUACAAAACUCAUGGAUGAGAUUCUUCACAGCAUCUUCUUUUUGGGAAAGAUAAAUGAUCCAGACUUUGCCCCAGAAAGUAUUGUGACUGAUACCAAAAGGCUUGAAGGCUUAAAGGACAUCUACCCUCGGCCUUUUGACCACUAUUCCUCUCAACUGCCCAAGCGGAGUCCAUUCUCAUGUGUGCUAGACAUGAUUGUCCUCCUGACUGGACAAGAGAAUGAAGAGGAAAUAAAGAAGAAGGUGCGAGAGAUCACCAAACAACUGAGUAGUAAGGGUAACACAAAGCCUCUGAAACCUACCACCAUCUGUGUCUCUCAGUUUCAAAAUUCAGUCAGGUACUAUGGUGUCUCCGUGUCCACUGCUGGGCCUGAGCCUGGUAGAAUCAUGGUUGCUGCGUCCUGUCUUAGCUCCUGGGACAGUUAUGUGGCUGGUGCAGUGAUGACCUUCUACCCAAAUAAGACCAAGAAACGAUGUUUUGAUGGGACCAUCAAACUGCCAGAGAAUGUCAGCUGCAAGGCGUUUAACAUCCUUCAAGGAGAAGAACUGCCUGCUUGCAGAGCAUGUAAGAAUUUGUUUGGUUUAAAAACAGAUGGAACAAAAGAGUGGCCCUACGGUAACUGUGCUGAAGUUGAAAGUCUGAGCAACUUGUUUAAAAAUAUCGAAGAAGUUAGAGAGCAAGCAAGACUAACAUUGGCGAAUAACACAGAGGAGAACAGGAAGAAGGCUGAAGAGUGUUUCAAGACAGAGCUUGGAAAGCUGCUGAAACAGAAGAAAUUUAUUUGGGAUGGAGAAUUCUUCACUCCACAACAUCCUCAACAGAAUGUAAAGAAGUAUGGUUCAGUGUGACGCUCUAUACGGGAAAUGAAAUAUAAAAUAUUGUAAGUAGAAUUCAUAUGGUGCUCUAUUAUAACUUGACCAGAGAGGUUUCUUUUGAUAAGAAUAUUUACUGUAACAUUAAAGAUACAAAUACAUUUAUGGAGAAGAAUGUAAACCAAAAAGUGUGUCAGCUAUUUAGAUGAAGCAAGCAGAAGAUGAUCUAUUAAAGAUGUCAUUCAUGAUAAAAUGACAUUGGUGUUAAAUCAAAUGCAUCAUUUGUUUUGACUUCAUGUCCUGCACCCUGAAAGAAGUCAUCAUUUGCCAAAAAGAUGAUAAUUAAAAGCACCAGGACGGAUC